AUGAGAGAAUACGUGUACACUAGACUAAAGUCCUAUAUAAUAAAUAAAGGCUGGUUUUACAUAAAGUCAGUUAGUUGUCCUGAUGUCAUUGAACCUCACAGUUUAUCUGUCAAUACGGGAGUAAGGCUUGUGGUUCAUAAACAACGGUUUGGGAUUGAUGCGGAUAGUCAGCUUUGGCAUUGGGAUGAAGGAUUUCUUAUCAACAAGGCAUCAAAGUUAGCACUUGAUUAUGAAGAAGGAUAUAUACGCACAUUUCAUCGAGUACAUGCCUGUCAAAAUGCACGUAAACUGAUAAACGAUGCCAGUACACAAUUAUGGGUUCUACUAAAAGGAGGAUUUAUCGCAAAUCAAAAGAAAUCUGUAUUAGAUAUUCGAAGAGCUUCCAUGAAAGGUCCAAGCAUAAUAAUCCAUCGUAGAAAGAGGAAACAUAAUGACAAUCAGCGAUGGUUACUUGAACCUGAAAUUGAACAUUAA